CGCGCCGCCGCCGCCGCCGCCGGCUGCUCAGGCUCCAGCUCCUGCCCCUGGCUGCGGGCUCCAGCCUCCCGCUCGCUGCUGCCGCCGCCGCCGUGUGAGUGAGUUGGGCUGCUCCAGCGGGGCUAACCCCUUCCCCUUGCCUGCGAGUCAGCCUGGCUCCGAAUCACGUGUCAGCUGCCUGAGGCACAGACUAGAGAGGAGGGGAGGGGGGGAAAGCGCCUCAUUCCUUCUUCCACCGCCAUACUGUAUUUUAUAGUAACUCAUUUUUAUUCCUCUCUUUUACUCCCGCUCGGUGAGUACCUUUCCGCUGACAUUCUUGUCCUCCUUUUUUUGUCCUGUUUUUUUUUUCUUCCUUUUUUUAUUUUUCUUCUUUUUUUUUUUUUCUUCCUCUUUGAUUAUUGUUUCAAUGGAUUUGAUCCUUUUUCUGAUGACAAGUUUUUUGGUUUUGUUUUUUGUUUUGUUUUUUUCUUCUUCUUAGCAUGCGAUGGUUACUAAACUGUGAGCAAAAGGUGCUGCUGGGGCUGGGAGUCACUGGGAAUUGAGCAAUGCAAUAAAAUUAAGACUUACCAGUCCAGCAACAACAUAGAUACAUUUACUAUCUCUAGAUCUAGAUAUGCAACUGGUUUUGUUAUGGCACGAGAAAAGAAAGCAAUGUGAAAUAUGCGUUUUUGAAAAGAUGAGGAAAAAAGGCAUGUUUCUAACUCUUUUGCAGAGGAUUUUUCCAGACGUUGUUUUGAUGCUUUUUUUUUAAUUUUUAAUUUUUGGUAUAUAGAUGUGAAUUGCAAAUGCAUUUUACAGCAGUGUUUACAAAAGAGUUUGUGAUCUUGCAAUACUGGUGCAGGCCACUGAGCAAGAUGUUAAUUUUAUUAUUUUUGGUUGUUGUUUCCUUUUUUGACACUCGGUGCAGUCAGCAGUUUUUUUUUUUUCUUCUUUUUCUUUGAUGCCCGUUUAUAACGUGAAACUUUUCUUGCAGCUUGUUAGAGUUGAUAAUUUUUAAAUACUUUUUUCUCCUUAAAAAUAAAGAAAAAAACCAAAGCAAUUAUCGUUACUUUUGUACAUUUGACUUUUUUAUUCUUUUACCGAGAUAAUUUUAUUAUGAUGAUUAUCAGGAUGAUGAUGAUAGAUAUGCACAUAUAUACAAAUAAAUACAUUUUAAAAUGAUGGCAGUGGAAGGUUUUCGUGGAGAAUGAAGUGCGGUUUGGUUUCCUUGUCAACGGAAGAUGAAGUGAACAACUGAACAUCUCCCCAGUGCAGGUACUUCAUCUCCCUGUAGGCGUUUCCACUCUUUGUAAAUUACAUUAUGGGAAUAAUAAUGAUUAUUAUUAAUAAUAAAAAUAUCUCAAUCCCUAGCUAAAUAUGUGUCCUCAAUGAAAUGAAGACGAAACUAAAUUAUCUGCCUCUUGAUCGCUCGGAUGUGUCCAAAAUACUGCGCUACUUGAGCCCAGGUCGGUUAAAUUGCGUGCGAUAGUUUAUGUACUAUCCUAGACAUGCGGGUAGCCAGCUGACAAACCUGAAUGGAACCCGUGAGAUGCAAGUUAUGAGCAGGGACGCUUCUAGGGCUUAAAAAUAACGGAACUGGAUUGGUUAAAGCUAAGCGAGCCAACCAUGACCGGCAAAACACAGACCAGCAAUGUCACCAAUAAAAAUGACCCUAAGUCAAUCAACUCCAGAGUCUUCAUUGGCAAUCUGAACACAGCCAUUGUCAAAAAAGGGGACAUAGAGGCAAUUUUUGCAAAGUACGGAAAAAUAGUUGGCUGCUCAGUGCACAAAGGUUAUGCAUUUGUACAGUAUAUGAGUGAGAGGCAUGCAAGGGCUGCAGUGGCAGGAGAGAAUUCCAGGAUCAUUGCAGGACAACCACUCGAUAUCAACAUGGCAGGAGAACCAAAACCAUACAGACCAAAACCUGGAAACAAGCGGCCACUUUCAGCCCUUUACAGACUUGAUUCAAAGGAACCUUUCCUGUCUGUUGGAGGUUAUGUCUUUGAUUAUGAUUACUACAGGGAUGAUUUCUACAAUCGAUUGUUUGAUUACCACGGUCGUGUCCCACCACCACCUCGUGCAGUGAUACCAUUGAAGCGCCCUCGUGUGACCAUGACAGCAACUCGUAGAGGGAAAGGGGUUUUUUCCAUGAAAGGGGGAUCGAGAUCAACGUCUAGUGGGGCGUCUUCUUCAGGAUCCAAAUUAAAAUCAGAUGAGUUGCAAACAAUCAAGAAGGAAUUAACCCAAAUCAAAACAAAAAUUGACUCCUUGCUAGGGAGACUGGAGAAGAUUGAAAAACAGCAGAAGGCUGAAGCAGGGUAUGCUUUCCUUACAGAAGCUCAAAAGAAGCAAAUGGAAGAUAAUGCUGAGUUGAUCCAAGAGGAAUGCAUAUCAGAGAAUGCAGAUAACUCUACAGAAGAGCCUAUUGAAGUAGGGCCAGAUGCAGAUGGGGAUGGAGAAGAGAUGACUGAUGGAAUAGAGGAGGAUUUUGAUGAGGAUUGCAGCAAUGAGCUGUUUCUACAGAUCAAGUGAUGAGGUUUCAUGUGUGAGCCCCUUGAAGACUGAGAAGAGAAACUGUGACUUCCCCUUUUCACUCCCCCACAGAAAUGUGAACUGCGGUUUCUUACUGGCUAGCAACACCUUUGAUUCAAUUUGUAUGAAAACUCACUUUACUUAUUAAAAUGGACAUUAUUGUUCAAACCUUAGAAAUUUCAUUUCUUAUAUGUUUUAAGCUGUACAACUGUAAGAUUUUUAUGGUUUAGAUUGUAAAUGUGUUUUUCUCUGGCUAAUUAUUGGUAUUAUUUGUUUUUAAUUUUGAUGUCUUAAAAGCCAAGGUACUGUAUGAUAAUAAUAUGAAGGACAUAUUUAACGGGCGUGAGACACUGUAUACAAAUGUAUAUUUGUAAAAGCUAUUUUUAUGAUUAGCAUGUUUUACUGUUUAGCAUAUUUAAAGUCAGUUGAUAUUGCAUUUCUAUGUUUAUAGCUUAAUUCAAAUACAGUCAUGUUAUGAUCAUGUUGUAUGGUAUUUUUCAUUACUUUUCAUUAUAUUCAUAGUUAAAAUAAUUAUGUUUAUUAGUAGGGAUAAUAUUGAAAGGCAAAGUAAUAGUUCUUCUCUGUUCAUGCACUAUUUCACUGUAAUUGCUAAAAAGUGCAAAUAUGUCAAAUAUCAGAUCAACUGAUAAACUAUAAAUUAGAUCCACUUAUUAAUCCCUUUUUUUCCAAACAAGCAGUCUCUGUGAUGCCAUAGAUUAGCACAGUUAUUUCAUCUGUAUCUGUUACUAUCUCAAAGCAGUUUGUUGUUAUCUUAUGGAAAAGUUUACAUGCCAGUGAAUGUCCUAUCCAAACUAUAUUCCAGACAGAUGAAUGUUUUAUAUAUUGCCAAUAUUUGAAACCUUACAUUAGAUUAUCAAUUGUUUUGUUUCACUUUCAGUCAAGAGGAUCGUUCCAUUCCUCAAUCUCUCAUUCAAGCUCCACAUACUUGAAGUUGGAAUAAUCCAUUUUCACAGAGGCUGUAGGGGAAUUCAGUAUAUAAUUUCUUAAUAAAUCAUGUUUCUUUUCAAACAAAAUUGAUUCAUUAUUUCUCUUAUGUGAUACUCAAAUGUGUUUUAAUAUACUUAAGCUAUAUUAGCCACUGGUGUGACUGCUUCUUCUCGAAAGAAAGUGCCAAUUUGUUCUCAGUGUAUCUCAAUUCUCAUGAUAGGACUGUUCACGGUUCCAGAGAACCAGUUCAGAAGACAUUCAUAACAGGGAAGAGAUAUCCACAUCUUUAUAUGAGAUACACUCAGAUAGAAAACAUUUUAUGCCAGAGAGAGGCAGGUCUUGAGGUUGAGUCAUUAGGCACAUCUAGAGUUAAAAAGGAAAGUCUUACUGGCUGGAUUGCUUAGAAGUAGCCACAUUUAGAACAUGUUGCCAGGAGAGAGAUCUCAUCCAAGUAAGUGGAGCUCUGCUGCAGUAUGUUUCAAGAUACUGAACUACAGAGAUGUGACUUGCACUACCAUGUUUGUCCUACAGUACUUGAUGUUUCAUUGAACAAAACUGACAGCAUUUCUAAAGAUGACUUUAUGUCCUGUCCUUUCAACCAUUCUCCAUGGGACCUGAUCCAAAGCAUACUGAAGUCAAUGGAAAUACUCCCAUUAUAGUUCAAUGAGCUUUGGACUAGACCUGAUGAUACUGGCUGCAUGUGACGGAGAGGUGGAGAGUAAUUGAUGGUGACCUCACAAUGAAGAAAAUGGGAGAAGACCCAAAGACUAUAUCCAGACUGGCUUUAGGUAAGGGCCAGUUAUAAAAAAGGAGAGAUACCCUUUAAAUAUAUGUGAGGGAGAGUGUGCACCAGGCUCCACUUGACUGUGUGGAGAACUUAAGUCAAUAGGAGACUAGAGAAAACAAGACAUUUUGGCUUUCAAUUACACUGGUGUAAAUUCAGAAUAAUUCCACUGAAAUCAGUGGAGUUAUACCAGUUUAACUGAAAGCAGAGUUUUGCCUGUUUACUUUAAUGAGAACAAUACUAUGAGUAACUAUUGCUCAACAUAAUGGAUGCAGACUAGGGCCCAUUUUAUGUUACAAUCACAGCAAACCCAAACAAAAUGUUACAAUCAGUAAUAUUAACCCAAAUAACACCAAUAGUCUUGUAAUCACUGAAAUACCUCAGGGAAGUAUUUUAAAGAUAUAAUUGUCCUUUUUGUUGUUAUUCUCUAAACUUACUAAAAACUGGAGAAAACAAUUCCAUCUUAUGCCCAUUUUAUAGCGGCAAAAAUUAAUAACAAUGCUCACCAUUCCCAUGGUUCUUAUUUGAUUUACAGUAAAAAAUAAAUAAUAAAUCCAAAUCCUAUCAAUUCAUAGGGAGUUUUGCCUCAGUAAGGAGUGAGUAAGGGCUUAAAAGAUAUGAGCUGAUGACUUUUUGAAAUCAUGGAGAAUGUCCUCUUAGUAGAUCAAUUAUGGGAACUGUGGCUAGUAGUUAAAAUAAUUUCAUAAUUCUGUAUUACAGAUGGUUUGAAUGAGCAAUCCCUAAACCUGUUCAGCACCAACAAAGCCAUGAUUAAGUCGGUAUUCUGAACUGUAAAAUACCACACCAGGUUUUUACAUUAUUCCUUAAUGUACCAUCAUCUGUAUUUGGUGUUUACAGGAAUGAUUUCACAGUCUCAACAGACGACACUGUUCCACACAGCGAUGUUAUUACUGAAAGUAUACUUUUUCUGACACAAUAACAUCUAAGAUGAGGUCUAUUGAAAGCUACAUUUGAAAGCUAUGGGUUUGCUGUACUGUAUAAUAUAUUCUCCUAACUUUCUUAAUGGCACAUUAGAUUCAAAUCAUUGAAGAGAUGCUGGUAUUUUUAAUAGGCCUUGAUGCUUUAUGGCCUGUCAGGCAUACAGUUGCUUGCCAUUGUCACUAGCUUUUUUGUGUUACGUAUUUUUUGCAGCACAGAGGAACUAGUAAGUGUUUAGGACCUAAUUCCCAUUUACACUAAUGCCCCUUUACACCACUCUGGCAGUGUAAAUGUAAUUUACAAACAUUUUAUGGAACCUUUACACUGUCAGCUGCCCAGGGACCUCAGUGUAAAUUAGAAUCAGAGCUAUAAUAUUCAGCCUAAGCAUCACUUUACCCUGGGAACGAACUGAGUACCAGAAACCAUCAUUUUUAAACAUUUAUUAUAGCCAUAAAGAGAGACAUUUGUAGUUGUAGUUCUCUAGAGCCACAGUUACAUCCUGUGAUCAUUUCUGGGAACUGGGGGUGAGUGAAGUCGCAGUACCUACUUUUGUUGUAUAACAUUGUGAGUCAAAAUCAAUUUGGCUAGUGAAUAUUCAGCUUUCUCAAUUUAUUUAUACACCAUCCUGGAUUAGGAUAUUAAAAUCAUUUUCUACAUAGGCUCCCACCCUCAAUUUGUCUAAGAUUGCUAUUUCAACCUGUGUAGUUGCAUGAAUGGAAAAGAUUUGCUGAAUGUUAGUUUUACAGCUUGAUCCAGAGGAAAAGAUUUUUACUCUUGUAAAUUCUUGUAUUAAGUACCAUUGCUGGGGGUUUUUUUGUUUUUUG